GUCAGAUAAUUGUUUUGAUGCUACUUCCUCACUGUGACGCAUGUGAAAGUCCUGUGAUCGUUUUGCUUAUCUGUGCUUCAAGGACGUGUUUAAACUUUCACGGGAAAACAAAACUGACAACUUUGACAACAUUCAUACUAUUAUAUAUUUUUUCAAACAACCGGGAGAAAGAAUUAUUACAGAAAGCAAAAUGCAUUUCAGGCUGUGUUUGCUGACCACCAUAAUAUUUGGGACUUUUGCUUUCACGACAGCGGGACCGCUUCAUGCACAGUGUAAAGUUGAAUGGUUCUUUGGAAUCCCUUGUCAUGAUGUUUUUAUCGCAUUGGUAACCCAGAUAAAACAGUGGACCACGGCAGACAACUGCGCUCAUGGAGGAGAGAAAUGUCUGUACAAAUUGGAGUCUUCUGGUGUACAUUUCAUAAAGGCAAAGCACACCACUCCAGUGAAGAAAUAUGUUGAUGACCUCACCUUCAGACUGCUUCCCUACCCGGCCAAUACCAAUUGCCAUGUCGUCGCUUUGUCAGUUUCUGAAGCCUGGUAUGCAAUCUUGGAUUAUGGUACGAACUACUGCAACCUCUUCAACCUUGUGGAAGGAAGUGGCUUAAACCAAUCCCCAGGAUACAAAGAAGUGACCAGCGAUUUUAUAUGCACUCAGCACUCUACAGCGAAUUGCACCAUUUACUGAGUUUCACUUGUGAGUGAUAAUUAAACAUGUGACACAUUGUAUGAAGAGCUUUUUAAAUAACUCAGACCUAUUCACAGCCCAGUUCUUUGCCUUACAAUAUAUCUGCAUCGCACACUGCUGCCAUUACAGAAAUGAGUUAUGAGUAAAAGAAAGAGGCGGUCAGUAAUAUUUCAGAAGUAAUGAUAUUCUUCCAUGUGAUCGUGAUAUGCUUGUUUUCUUUUAGACCCAUUUUUUAAAACUUAAUUUUUUAGAGCAGUGAUUCCAAAAUCAGGAUGUUUUUAAGGUAGCUGCAGCACAAACAAAUAUAUUAUUUCCCAAACUGCUGACAAAGCAAUGUUCCCCUAGCCUUGUGAUCAGUUUAUUGUUGCUGUGAGGUGUUUGGGGUUACUGUGUUUUAAAUGUAACAAUUAUUACCUUGAUGUCAGUUCUAUAAUCUUCUAAUACCUGUGCUAACAGUAUGUAUCAUUAUACAAUAAAAAUAGGUGAUUGUACAUUACCUUUGUAGUAUUUGUUAAUCCAAGUAUAAGACAUCUAAAAAAUAUGUAUAUGCUGUGGUGUCUUGUGUUAAUGGUGAAACUGGAUUUAAAAAAAUGUGUCAGGUUACAGAUUGUGUUUCUUGACUUGAGCUCAGCUCUACCAAGACCUGCUGUAUCAUAUCAUGCUGUGAUGAUUCUGUGUUUGUUUACUAAAGCAAGAAAGGGCUUGGCAAAUAUAAAACAUGUUUAAAUAA